AUGGAGGAUAGUGAGAAUACAAGCGAAGAGAUUGGAAAUGAAAUACGCGAAGCUCAUCAGUCGUCUGGUAAAUCAGUGGAUAUCCGUAUCAAACACCUCUAUAGGGCGCAGGAGUUACUAUUGCACAGAGACAAAAGCAGUUCUCUUCUUGACAACUUCCUCGAUGAAAUGCUCGAAUUUGUAGUAGAAAACGAUUCGAAAAUGCGUUGCUUCGUUGCAUCCUUUAUUGAGAAAGCUUGUAAAAAGGACUGCGAAGUGAUGAAAAAGGCUGUUGUCUCGCUUUCAUAUCUCAUUCAGGCUGCUGGUAUGGGAAUGGUUUCCGUCAUCAAAAAGGUGAUCACAGUAUGUUCGCAAUUGUAUCCAUUUAUUUUAAAAUGGGCAGCGGGAUCACGCAGCGCUGAAACCGCACGAUGUUGGGAAGCUUUCUCAGUGCUGAAAGGACGUAUCAUGCAGCACAUUGAUUCUGAUAACGAAGGCAUACGCACCCAAACUAUUAGAUUUUUGGAAGCUGUAAUCCUUGCGCAAACACUGCGAACGGAGGAAAGUGAAAAAGGUCGUGGUGAUAACAUGUGCUUAAACGAAAUUGGCCGCGACCAUCGGUUUAUUUCAUAUCGUAAAAUGGAAGGUGAAGCGACGCUAAAUUUUAAUUCGCUGCUUGAUCAUAUUUCUUCGGCACAUAUAUCUUCGCUCAAUUUGUUAACUUGUUUGACUUGUAUUUGCAAUAUCGCUCAACAGCGUCCACAGUUUAUGCAAAGGGUUGUUGGAACUCUGGAAGCUUUACACGUCAAUCUUCCCCCAACUUUGGCAACGAGUCAAGUGAAAAGCGUUCGCAAGGAAUUGAAAAUGCAUCUUUUACGCCUUCUUCGACAUUGCAGUAGUAUACCUUUUCAUCCAAGAAUAAUGACACUGUUGACAGAUUUAGGAGCGGCGCAGUCGGAAGUUUUACGCGCACUACCUUCUGCGAGUGAACAGCGUAAAAAAUCUCACCGUAGUAAUGAAAAUAAUGAUGAACCGGAAACAAAGAGAACAAAAGGUGCCGGAGAAGCUCCAAUAGUUGUUGAAAAAGUAGAUGAUGAAGAAUACGAAGAUGAAGCUGGCCCAAGCAUGUGUAUGGAAAAAAGUCAGACUCAGUCUGCUAUUGAUAUUACUGCCCAAUUUGUCUACGAACGGUUGAAACCAAAUUUGGUUACAGACUUAGUUCUUAUAUCCCUUGCGGCACUUCCAGACGAAAUGCCUGCAGCAUUUCAGUCAUUGUACACCUCUAUUGCUGCAGCUGGCACAGAAGGUCAGAUUCGGCACUUGUCACGCAUGAUUGCAACACAAUUAACGAGCAUGGAAUUAGGUCCUGGAUUCGAGAAAAUUCGAGCAGAAAAACAACAGUUUAUCGCUCGUCAAGCUGCGAGAAUGGAAGGUGCCGUCAUUUCGCCGACUCCAUUGAACCAAUUUGCCUCUGUACAGCAAAAUCAAACGCUGCAAUCUGAUUCUGCUUUAUCAGCAAAGGCUAAACCGAAGAUUCAGUUUGGAUUGCUAUCUAUUACCAAAGAAUUAGAUCGUGAACAAUCGCUGAAACUUAUACUUCUUGCGUUUCAACGAAUAUUAGCCAAUGAAAAAAGAGCAAUCCAAGGUGGCGUAGGUGUUGCGCAACAGAAACUAUUGGUCAGGCUUGUAACUCGUCUCGAUCAUGAUUCAUGCGCUGAAUUUGAAGAUUUACUUAUGAGUUUUAUUGUACAGGAACAAAAAUCACGGACUGAGCUAGCAUUGUUAUGGAUAGCAGAACUUUAUGCACAGUUCCAAGGAUACUCCCUAUGCUGUACGUUUUAUGCCACAGAAGGAUAUCAUAGUGAAUCUCGACAUUACCAACGUUAUAAUGCAGUUUUAUGCAAUUUGUUGAAGACAUUGUAUGAACGAGGAGAGCACAAGGAAACUUUGUUCCAUAAAAUUUUACUGGAAGCACCUUUGCUAACACCUCAGUCUCUCGUAUGGUUAAGAACUGCUUGCCUCGAUUCGGUAUUUGGUGCAUUUGGAAUGACAACUUUGCGUGAAUUAAUUUUAACUAGAGCAAGGCAACGAAAUGAAUUGCUUUGUAUACUUCUUGACUUCUCAUACAGUGAUAGGGCUGACGUCCGCAUCCAAAGUGUUGAAACAGCAAAGGAACUGUAUCAGAUCGAUUACGUCAAAGAAGAUGUCAGAGAAUAUUUAGUUUGUUCAAUAAAUUAUUGCACAAGCCCAGUCCCGCCGCCACAACUUUAUGCCUAUGAAAAAGAAGGUGCCAGACCUCAAUGGGAUGAUGCAGCAAUACGCAUUACUUUAAACUUAUUUUUAUCUAUCCUUCCUCUUGACCAUUCAUUGAUACACACUCUGGCUGCUGUUUAUGCGAAAUCCUCAAACGAUAUAAAACGGGUUACAUUGCGUACAAUCGAUAGUGCCAUAAAGUCAAUGGGCGCAGCAAGCGAACAUCUAUUGGAAAUGAUUGAAAAUUGUCCUCAGGGGGCUGAAACAUUUGCUGCUAGAAUAGUACAUCUUCUCACUGAAAGAAAUCCUCCAACCCAGGAUCUUGUAAAUAGGAUAACUGCACUCUAUGAACAGGGAAGAACCGAUGUUCGCUCAAUGAUACCGGUUUUGAGCGGUCUUGAUAAGGAUCAAAUAUUGAGCAUUUUACCAAAGUUUGUCCUCACGCCGGUCAAUCAGAAAUCAGUACCUAUUGUAUUCAACAAACUUUUGGCUGGAAGGAGUAUCAAAACCGGCCUUCAUCCAAUGGGUGCGGGUGAACUGCUUAUGGCGUUGCAUAAAAUCCACACCGAAAAUAAAGAGGAGAAUAAUUUGCUACUGCAAAAUAUCGAUGUUUUAUUAACACAACUGACAACUUCAAAGGAUGCUAUAGGUUCAGCAAUUGACCAGCUCUGUGAUGAUGGAAUUUUCUCAGAACUAUUAUUUUAUACUGUUACACGCUCGCAUAAAAUAUUUCCUGCUUUGGGUGGUUUUAUUUCAAAUGUAUUGGUGAAAAUUGCUAACAAAAAACCAUGGAAGAGCAAUCCAAAUUUAUGGCCCCAUUUUGUACGCUGUGCUGUUGCAAAUGCUCCACAUUCCUACUUUGCAAUAUUAACAGUUUUAACAAAUAACGAAUUUGAUGAGUUGUUGCAACAGUCGCGAAAAGAAGAUAUUGAUGUUUUGGGCUCAUUACGAGAUUAUAUUCCAUCAUUAUCAGCGCAUCAGCAGAAAAAAAUUGAUCAUCAUGUUCGGGAAAUUAUUAUGGAAUAUCGAUCGGAGAGAUCGGAAAACAAGGAGGAUGUCUAA